AUGCUGGUUUACAGAGCAAGUCUAACACACCAACAAGCCCUUCCUGGGGCUCCUGUCGUGGGGGACCAGAGGCCUGUCCCGCCUCUCCGGACGUUCGCCGCCGCCGAGGCGCCCCCCCUCCGCGGCGGCCGCCUGCCACAGGUGGGGGGGGGGGGGGGGUCGGACCUUCUGGGAGAUUCCUUCCUGCCCGCCCUAUUCGGAAUCCCCCCCCCCCCCGGGGGGGACUUUUCGCCGGCCGCUGGACCCCCGCUGCCCCGUCCACCUGCAACGGCACCGGCAGGGUCACUACACCGCGUAAGAAGAGCCAUUUUGCCCGCCGAGCUGGAGGAGCCCGUGCGGCGACGCCGAGCCACCUCCUACUCCCCUGAUGCCGGGACCGGAAGAACCCCUCUACUUUUGCCUCCGGCCCCGGGCACUUCAUCGGGAACCUCAUCUUCUUCGUCCUCGGCGUCGUCAUCAUCGUCGGCGACGGGCACAUCGGGGUCCUCGGCCUCCUCGCCGUCCUCGUCGCGCGGGCGAUCGAGGUCCCGCUCCCCGCUUGGGCCUCCCCGUGCGGUCGCCCCCGCUGCUCCUGCGCUGCCCCAGCCGCCGCCCUACUGAGCCUACGUGCCUGAUCGUGGAACCCGCAGAGUGAUGCAGUGCAUCCUCUGUGGGAUAAUUAUAAAUAGCCACGUCAAGAGGCACUAUCAAAGCAGACAUGCUCCCUACAGGGGGUAUGAGGCGGCGGGCCCCUACCCCCGGGGCUAUUACAUUCUAGUGAUGAGUAGGCUCCCC